AUGCUGUCAUUUUUUGGAUGUCACUACACAGAAACUGAAGAAGGAAUUGCACAGGCGAUUGUCCGGUGUAAUAUAGAUUUUGAGAGGGACCCCUGGCCAAAGGUUUCUGAUGAUGCGAAGGAUCUUGUGAAGGGUAUGCUCGAACCAAAUCCUUACAGCCGGAUGACAGUUGAAGAAGUGCUAGAGUCUCGUUGGAUACAAAGUGCCGAUAAGGUGCCAAAUGUUCCUUUGGGAGAAAAUGUUAGGACGAGGAUUAAACAGUUCUCUUUGAUGAAUAAGUUCAAGAAGAAGGUUUUAAGAGUGGUGGCAGACAACUUGCCCCAUGAGCAAGUGGAUGGAAUCAAAGAGUUGUUCAAUAUGAUGGACACAGACAAAAAUGGAAACCUUACUUUCGAAGAGCUCAGAGAUGGUCUAAGCAAGAUGGGCCAACCUGUUACUGAUCCUGAUGUGCAAAUGUUAAUGGAUGCUGUGAGUUUAGCUUAUUUCAUUAAGUGCUCACCUUUUUCAUUGUUUUUUUCACUGCUUCAAAAAUAAUCACCAAAAACACUUGCUUAAUCAUUUCUUAAUUCUCAUUUGAGUGCACAUAUGGUUGCAACAGCAAAUGCUUUCAUAACCUCUUGCCUAUGGAAAGAAGACUGAAGUGUAGUUUGUGAAUAUGGAAAACUUAUACUUUAACCCCCUCAACUAUGUCCUCAGUCUAAUAUUGUACCCUAAGCUAAUACGUUUCUUACAUUGCGCCUCCAAAUAUACUUAAUACUUUCACUUUUCCCCCUCAGCAAUCAUGUUUUUCUAUUGACAUUGAAACUUGUAUUUUAAUGCACAGUUGGGCAUUCUCCUUGAAAAACCAGAUGGACAUUUGGUUUUGGAUAAUGUAACACCAAUUCAAGUAGGUGAGGGCUCCAUAGCUGAGGGGGAAAUGUGAGAUUGAAGCCAUAGUUGAGGGGGUUACAGAGUAUUUUUUUCUACAACUACUGAAAAUGAAUGCUCAACAAACUUCUGGAACUAAAAGCCUAAUAGCAAUCUUCUUUAUCUUGAAGAUAGUAGGUAAACCACACACACAACUUUUUCUAGAAUGCCCAAAUCUGAGGUAUAUGCAGCCACUUGGAAAAUGGAAGUUUGAAACAUUAAUUUAUUUUUGUGGAUCUUGAUUAUUAUUAUUAUUAUUUAUUUUGAUGCUACUCUUUCGGAUUUUUAAAGCUUGUCUUGUGGAGGAGACCGCAUCGCAUUGUAAUUUCA